GCUUAGUUGUUGAGUGAAAAUGUUAAAAUUGGUGUUUGGUACCGUGUGUCUAUUGGCUCUGGUAGUGGCCGGGCCAACUACAAGAGAUGUAUCAUUUGACGAUCGUCCGACAAUCAAUACCAACUUAGGAUGGGUUCAGGGUACCGUUGAAUCAUGCGGUUUGUUCUGCAAUUACUACAAUUUUAGAGGAAUUCCCUAUGCUGCUCCUCCUGUUGGAGAUAAUCGCUUUAGGGCACCUAGACCACAUCCUGGAUGGUCUGGCGUAAGAGAUGCUGCUCAACACGGUGCUACUUGCCAGACUAGAACAGGUGGUAGUGAAGAUUGCCUCUUUCUCAAUGUCUAUACUCAGCAUCUGGUAGGACUUCGUCCUGUCAUGGUAUGGAUUCACGGAGGUGCUUUCAGCGCCGGCGAUGGAGGUGUUGGUACAGCCGGUCCUGACCACAUUGUACAAGAGGAUGUCGUAAUGGUUAGUUUCAACUACCGUUUGGGUGUACUUGGAUUCUUAAGUACUGAGGAUCAGCAAUCUACUGGUAACUUCGGUCUGAAGGAUGCUAUUAUGGCUCUUCGUUGGGUUCGUCAAAAUAUUCAGAAUUUUGGUGGUGAUCCUAACAACAUCACAAUCUUUGGGCUUAGUGCUGGUGGCGCAAUGGUUCAUUAUCUCUUGCUAUCCCCAAGUGCACGUGGUCUUUUCGACAAAGCGAUCUCCAUGAGUGGGUCGGCACUUGAUCCAUGGGCUUUCCAGCCUCGUCCUCGGGAUAUUGCCUUCCAACUGGCUAGAGAUUUAGGAUUCGAUAAUAUUCAAACUACUGAGCAGUUGAUUAACACUUUGAGAAGUGUUGAUUCUGCAACACUUGCUAGUGCUAUGACCGGACCAUUGGAUCAAGUAACCCCUAGAGGACUCCAGCCACUGCCUUUCGUGCCAAGUCUCGAUCCUCCAGGCACCACUGGUGAUGAAGUUUUCCUGCCACGGCUUCCCAUUGACAUCUUGCGUGACGGCUCCUUCUAUCACGUUCCAUACAUCACUGGUUACGUAUCUGCAGAGAGUCUCUUGAUGAUUCGUGAAUUGCUAUUGGAUCCUAGUGUCUUCCCCACAAUGAAUGCCAAUCCCGAACUCUUGGUGCCACCAUGGUGGAAUGUUCCUGCUGGAAGUGCAGCUUCUCAAUCAAUUGCCACGCAGAUUGCCAACUUUUACUGGGGCGGUGGACCCCUCCAUAACGAUAUCCGUGAACAAUGGACUCACUAUCUUUCUGACAUGAUGUUCCUCUGGAGUAUCGAUCGAACAGCCCGUUUCCAUGCCAGCGGUCAGUCUGAACCAGUAUACUACUAUCGCUUCAGCUUCGACGGUAGUCUCAACAUGAUGAAGAGACUCAUGCUUCUCACAGCCUAUCCAGGAGCUGCUCAUGGUGAUUGCAUGUUCUAUCUGUUCAAUACUGCCAUGACACCACCACUUCUGCCCGGAAAUCAUGCUAAUGUGGUUAGAAAUCGAAUGGUUAGACUGUGGACCAACUUUGCUCGAACUGGCAAUCCUACAGUCACUCACGAUGAACUUGUUCAAGUCAACUGGCAACGCAUGGGCAACAAUAAGGAAUUCCUCGACAUUGAUGCCGAUCUCAUCCCUGAUACCCAACCCAAUCAGGCUCGUAUGGAAUUGUGGGACCGCUUGGAGGCUCAAUACGCGCAAUAAGACUUUGUUUUUCUUGAACUCUUAAUAAAUCUGAUUGAAAAUUUUCGCUCUGA